AUGGCCACAAUCAUCCGCCGGCACCCUCGAAAGCUCGUCGCCGGUAUUGUUCUUGUCGGUGUCGGAUACGGCGUCGCUGAGGGUAUACUCCCAAACCCACUUCAGACUUCCGGUGUACAGAAUAUCGAGCAGCGCUAUUCGUCCGGCGGCGGCUCUAAGAAUCAUUUGCCAGGCGCUGCUACAAAGAGAGGGCAUCCUGAUUCGGUAGAGGGGAAUACGGAGACGGCGAAGGGGAUUGGAAGCCCACAUCACGAGGCAAACUAUCAGGAGCAGAAACCAGAUACCUACCGUCUAAUGAUGCAGGCCGCUUUCGACGAAAAGAAUAUUUCACAAACGCAGCAAGGAGAAGGAGAGGCCAAAGGUGUCACGCAGCAAAUCAUCAAUAAUGGUUAA